AGUAGCAGUGCGAUGGCGGCCGCCAGCAUGGCGCCGCUGGACGCCGUGUUCCCGGCAGCGCCGUCGGCGCCGCCCCCGGCGCCGGUGCCGCACCUGCUCAACUGGGUCUACCUCACGCUAGCCGACCGCCAGCCGCCCCCAGAGCCGUCGGCGCCGCCGCCUCCGCCCCCGGGGAAGCCAUGGACGGCGCUGCCGGCGGCGACCGCGGGCGCGGGUUUCGGCCUGGGUCUGGCCGCGCUGCCCGUGCCGCCCCCGCCGCCCCCAGCGCCAGGCCCGGACCCCACUCUUGACCUGGUGGAGCAGUUCAGAGAUAUGCACAUUGGUGUGCCCUCAGAGCGGAAGCCAGGGAAGCGGCCACCACCUGCCUACAUGUGCCAUUUGUGCUUCAGCAAGGGUCACUACAUCAAAGACUGUCCUCAGGCAAGGCCUAAAGGUGAAGGGCUUACUCCUUACCAAGGAAAAAAGCGGUGCUUCGGGGAAUAUAAAUGUCCCAAAUGCAAAAGGAAGUGGAUGUCAGGCAACAGUUGGGCCAACAUGAGCCAGCAGUGCAUUAAAUGCCAUGUGCACGUCUUUCCACAUAAGCAGCGUCCUUUGGAAAAACCAGAUGGACUCGAUGUUUCAGAUCAGUCUAAGGUUCAUCCUCAACAUCUGUGUGAGAAGUGUCAGACACUAGGUUAUUACUGCAGAAGAGUACAGUAAAUUAAAGUAAAGUAUAUGUAACAAUAUGUGUACUAUGUGGCCACAUUCCUCACACCUGAAUUUAAAGCAAAUAGUACAGCAGUGGAAAAUCAAAUGUGAGAGAGACAUGAGUAACAUUAGGAAACUGGAAUUGUUUUACUUAUAAAUGGUGUUCUUGUUAUAUGUGAAGAAAACAGAACUCAGCUUUAUCAUUGAAGAGCCAUCACAACUGAUGAUGAGUUGUAAAAAUUAUAUGUCAUAUUUCCUUUGCCCAGAUAGGCAAGAAGACAUUGACAGAAUGUAAAAUUAUCCUCUUACAUGACUGCUGAAGUGUUGUUGCAUUAUCAACUGAUGACACCUCUGUAUGUCCUUGCACCCAUUCCACACAUACACUGUUAUAUUUUA